UUUCACAAAGGAUUCCAGUUUCCAGCAGAGCUGAACUGGUGCAGGAAAACAAUCCACCUUUAAAACCCAAGGGAAAUUCUCUUCAUCAUGGCGUCUUUAUGGGACGACUUGGAGACCUUCGCGAAUUCUCCUUCAUCUUUUUCUGCUAAUAGUGCAGAGCGAGGAACCAUCAAGCCGAAGGCGAACUUUAAUGCGGAGGAGGAUGCUGCGGCUAUAAAGAAGGCCAUCGAUGGAUUUGGAACAAAUGAGAAGGUCCUGAUUGACAUCUUGACCCAAAGGAGCAACGCUCAGAGGCAGCUCAUCUGUAAAGCUUAUGAAAAAGCAACUGGCAGAACGUUGGAGGAAGACCUGAAGGGGGACACGGACGGACACUUUGAACACCUGCUGGUGGCGCUCAUCACCCCUCCUGACGUGUACGACUGCCAUGAAGUGAAGCGGGCCUUGAAGGGACCCGGAACAAAGAACAACAUUCUGAUUGAGAUCUUUGCCUCCAGAUCCAACGAGCAAAUCAAAGCUCUGCUCAAGGCUUAUUUACAAGAAACAAAGAAGGAGUUGGGUCCGAAGCUGAAAAGUGAACUUUCUGGAGAUUAUUCCAAAGCUCUGCUCCUCCUGGCUCAGGGGAACAGGGAUGUCAGCACGGCCGUAAACCAACAACAGGCGAAACAAGAUGCUGAGACUCUGUUCGCAGCCGGAGAGAAGCAGAAGUGGGGAACCGAUGAGUGGAAGUUCAUCGACAUCCUCUGCACACGGAGCAUCGCUCAGCUCAGACAGACUCUGGUCGAGUACAAAAACCUGAGCGGGAAAACUCUGCAGCAGAGCAUCGAAGGAGAGAUGAGCGGACACCUGGAGGACCUUCUGGUGGCUGUUGUGAAAUGUGUGAAGAGCGUACCCAUUUACUUUGCUGAACUUCUGAAUGAGAGCAUGAAGGGCGGCGGCACCGAUGAGUCCACAUUGAACCGGAUCAUGGUGAGCCGGUCUGAGAUCGACCUGCUGGACAUCAGAGCAGAGUUCAAGAAGCUCUACCAGCGCUCUCUGCUGUCUGCGCUCAGCUCAGAAACGACAGGUGACCACCGUGAAUGUCUGAAGGCGAUCUGCGGAGGAGACGACUGAAGCUGCUUCAGAUUAUAAUCUGCAUCAGACACAGAUCUGUUCAGUUAAAGAAUGAAAGGUUGUUUAAAACUGACUUUUAAGAGUUAAACCUCAGAAACACAAUGUAAUCUUUGAGUCAAUAAAGUGUCAAACAACCUGAA